AUGCAAGGUCAAAGGAGGACUGUUGGGUCCUUCCCGGCAAUUGUUAGCAAGAUGCCAGGUCCUAGUUCUAACGGUACUGAUAUGAAUCAUCAGUCUCCCUUGAAUCACGUGCAAAAUUCAGUAGACUUUCGACUGUCAGAUUAUAGGGGGUCUUCUGGUGAGAGUGCGUGUUUACGUGGUAGUGCUCCUAAUGUGAGCUUUAAUGGCUGGAAUACCGGUGAACACAGUUCUGGACUGAAUCUGAUCAACCAAGUCAAUGAUGAUGCUCUAAUAUCAGAACAUAGGUUGUCUUCUUCAUGUAGUGCUAUUGCCGAGGAUGGUCAAAUACCUGAAGAAAGGCAAUUACUUGGGAAUCAAUCCAGAAUUCAUCCUUCCUUUUUGCAAGGUUCCAGCUCUAAUCAUACAGCUCAGAAUAUUAAUCUCGGUAUGGGGCACAUUGGCAACUCUUCUGACCGCGGGAAAGGAAAAGAAACUAGUAGUGGUGUUAAUAACAACAAUCCAUGUGGAUUAGAUAGAGAGAAGACACCACUUGGCAGCUCUUCAUUCAAUCAUACAGGAGCUUCGUCUGCAAGCUCUGGAUACAUGGCUUGGGGAGAUAGCAGUAGUUCAAGUUCUUCUUUAGCUAAUUGGGGUCCUUCUUGCAAGAGAAAGACCCUUGAAGGUAGUUCUAUGCAACUAUGUACUGGAGAAAGUUCGAGUUCUCUUUUACAAUCUGAAAAUGGUUACUGGCCUACUGAUUCUGUUGAUCUUAAUGUUCCUGGAAGCUUAGGUGAUCUUUCACCUUUAGAUGAUUUCCGUGUUACUAGUCCUCCAUUUCAGCAGAAUACAAGAAAUGAAGUGAGACAAGAAGCUUCAAAUAUGUUUCCGUCAAUGAUAGGUGUAGCGGAAAGUGUGGAAAGGCCUCUAAGAAACUUCGAUAGGAGAAUAACUCAUCUACAGCAUCCGGAAUCUGUACCUCUCAAUUUAACAUCAACAGGGAGUGCCAGACAUCAUAAUUAUCCUUCUCCACAUCAAACACCUGUCUCUCUCUCAUUUAGCGAGUCCUUGGAUUUGAGGUUAACAGCUGGAGUAACAGCUGCUAAUUCUGCUGUGCCACAAACCCAGUCACCUUCCCUACACAUGCAUCCUUUUACGUGGAAUCGAGCUGCUAAUCCUAGAGUGGCCAGAUCAUCAAGUUCUUAUAACUCGGGAGAAAGAGCAGUACGCGAAGAUUUUAACUUAAGAAUCUUCCCGAGAGAUAGUACUGAGCAUCCCAUGAAUUUGCCUGCAUCUUCAGGACAUGAACCUUCAGUCCCAACAGAAAAUCUACAGAGAGUUUCAGAGUUCAGUCCUUGGUCCCUUUUUCCAUCAAUCAGCUCAGCAUCUGGUGCUCAUAAUGGCCAUUCCCCCUCUACUUCCGGCCCUCUUUCUUUUUCUCAGGGUUCUAGCAGCAGUCAACCACAUCCAAGAACAUCAUAUUUGAUGGAAAGAAGGGGGGAUGUACUCCCUGCUCCUCAUUCACUGCGAACAUUACCCGCUGACAAUGAGGGAAGACGCCGGCUCAUAUCUGAGAUUCGCCAAGUCUUGAUUGCAAUGCGGAGGGGUGAGAGCUUACGAGCUGAGGUUUGA